UCUUGCCUCAAAUGUCUAGAUAAUCUUACAUAUUGUACGGAAGUACGGCUAGUAAAUUAUCUAAUAAUGCUACACUAACUGCACAAAAACAAAAAUAAGUUAAAAUUAGGUCAUAUGGAAUGCUGUUUAUCAACAUUAAUAGGUAAAUUAGAGCUCUUAACAGAGAGCGAGUCCCACGGUCAAAAUUAACCAAACACUUACCACUUCACUUGCCUAUUUUUUUGCUUUUUUGCCAUUUAAUCACAACCCAACAUUUCUUAUAUUAUUUUCUUUCUAAUUAUCACUAAUCCAAUUUUCUCAAAUAAAAAAAAAUAUUAAUACUUGUGAAAGAUAACAAGUAAACAAACAAAAAUAUAUAUAUAAAAAAAAAAGUUAAUAUAGACAUGGAUGGUGAAAGCCUUAGAAUUAAGCAAGAUAGAAUCAAACAAGAAAGCCCUGAUAGCCCUUGUUCUAAGAACAAUAGCAACAACAACGACGACAACAGCAGCAACAACAAUAACAACAACAACGCGAGUAAUAAAGAGCAAGACCGGUUUCUCCCUAUAGCUAAUGUAGGGAGGAUCAUGAAAAAGGUAAUUCCGCAAAGUGGGAAAAUCUCUAAGGACGCGAAAGAGACCGUUCAAGAAUGUGUUUCGGAGUUUAUAAGCUUUGUCACCGGGGAAGCCUCGGACAAAUGCCAAAGAGAAAAAAGGAAGACUAUCAAUGGGGACGAUAUUAUAUGGGCUAUAACAACCCUUGGUUUCGAGGAUUACGUAAAUCCUUUGAAAAUGUACCUUAAUAAGUAUAGAGAAAUUGAAGGGGAGAAAUUAAAUGUUCCAAAGCAACAAAGAUCAAAUGAUCAAUUUUCGCAACAACAACAUAAUCAUCAAAGGUUACUACAACAUCACCAACAACAUGACCAAUUUCAAAAAGUUGAUCAAGGAUUGUCACCUUAUGCUACCAGUAUAUAUUCUUCUACAAACCCAUUGUUACUUCCUCAACCAUCUUUUCCAGUAUCGGAGCAGCCAUUUUCUUUGCCCUUCUCACCAAAUUCUAUUCAAAAGAAUUACCAACACCAAGAUCAAAUCGAUUCAGUUGGCCAUUGGUGAAGAAGAGGAAGUAACUUGCUUUUAAAUUUUUUGGUUUUUUUUAUUGUUUAUUUUUUUUUUAUAAUUUUUUCACUAUGGAAUAAUAGAAUGUGAUACAUACCAAUAUAGUAUAAACAUAUAGAAGAGAAAACAACCGCUUAUACUUAUUUCAAAGAAUUAAGAAAUUCAAAAUGGAUUAGUUUUUCAUUGUUUUUUUUAUUUUUAUUUUUAUUUAUUUAUUUUUCUUAAUCCUUAUGUAGUGAGUUAUAUAUUUUGUUAAAUAGAUAAAAAGUUAGAAUUAUGGUGCCGGUAAAGAUUCAAGUAUUUAUAAAAACUAAAACUUUUAUUUUUUUAUUCCAAGUUUAUUUAGUGUCAAUAAGUUUAUUGUCGAAUUUUUACAACUAAAAUCUUUAAAAUUGAAAACGAAAUGCACCAUCAACAAAAAUCUGAUAAAGUGUCACAAACUUGGUUUUUGCACAAUUACUUGUAACAAGAUAAGACGUGUUGGGGUUUUC